CCAUCGUAUUCGUAGCUACCCCAUGACCUCGGCGACGCUUUACGGUGAAUGACGGCGGCUUCUGCUGGCUCUCCGACGACGAGGGUUUCUAAGCUAAACUGGGUCGGCAAUCGCGACAGUGGACAAAUGCUCUGAUGAGGACAGGGCGGGAGGCGGCACUACGUGAUGCUCUAUCUGUGAAAGGGGCUUUGGCUUGGUUGGUGGAGGCAAUCGGAUAGAUCAGAUCGAGAAGCAGAUUCGACAAUGUAAUGGAUCUAGUAGUGGUUGAGCGGGGAAGGAUCCUUUGGUUGUGGAGGUUGCUGGCUUUGUGGCUGCAACAAUGAAGGAUGAGAAGAUUGUGCUACGAGUUUGAUGGAGUGGAUGAUCUUUGGCGAUGAAUUCACGCUUGGAAUCUAAAUGUUUUGCGUUUGAUCUGGGCGAUUCUGUGAUCCUACCGCUGAAACCCUAUUUCCUCAUCUGGUGGUGUCCGAGGAGGCAGGAAACGGCCGAGGGCGAGCGGCCGAGGGAGAGUUGGAAGUGUUGAAGGUGGAAAAAAAGGGGAAGCGCGCUCCUCGUGGUCCCCACCUCCCCAUGUGCAUCUCCUCUUCCUCUCUGUCUCCACCCUUUCCUUCCUCUUCCUCCUCCUCGUCUUCCUCCUCCUCAAUCAUUGCUCUCCUCUCUCCUACUCCUUUCUCCUUCUUCCUUCCUUCUCCGUUUUUUUUUCCUUCCUUGAAACAAAAUAGACACAAAAAAAAAGUAUUCUUUUUCCAGGCCAUGAACAACUCUGAUGGCGGCGGCGACGCCCUCGAGGGCCAGCAGAAGGCGCCGCGGGCGACCGCCGCCGGGAACGGCGUUUUGGCGGUCAAGAAACCGCCCACCAAGGACCGCCACAGCAAGGUCGACGGCCGUGGCCGCCGCAUCCGCAUGCCCAUCAUCUGCGCCGCCCGCGUCUUCCAGCUCACCCGCGAGCUCGGCCACAAGUCCGAUGGCCAGACCAUCGAGUGGCUCCUCCGCCAGGCCGAGCCCUCCAUCAUCGCCGCCACCGGCACCGGCACCACCCCCGCUAGCUUCUCCACCGCCUCCACGUCUCUCCUCCGCGCUAUCAGCUCCUCUUCCCCCGCCCCUCUCGCGCUCCCUUCUUCUGCCGCCGGCACCCACCUCCUCUCCCACUCCCACUCCCUCGCCCCUGCCCCCUUCAUCCUCGGCAAGCGCCUACGCGCCGACAAUGACUCCGGAGGCAAAGAGGAAACCCUCGCCGACGCCAACGGCGGCGUAGGAGUUGGACCAGCCGCCGGCUUCUGGGCGGUACCGGCCCGGCAGGACUACGGGCAGUACUGGAGCUUCGCGACGCCGGAUAUGAUCCCGGUGACGCUCACUGGAAGGUUCGCCGGGCAGCCGAUGGGGGAGGCGUCCGCCGCCCGCGUCGGCAACUACCUUCCUCUUGCUGGACACCUCAAUCUGCUCGCCUCGUUGUCAGGGGCUCCCGGUGCGUCUCCAACGGGAGCGGCGGCGGGAACUGACGACGAUGCUCAUUAGCUUCUUCGAGGUUAGGUUACGGUUCUAGCUGUUCUCUGUCCGAGUCAGGAAAUCCUCAGCUUCUGUAUGGAAUUGGAGUCGCUGCCUCGUCUUUCUUUAGCCCUCUUUCUGUGUCUCAAUAAUUAGGGUCUCUGUGGAUUUUCCUCUACAAAAUUCUUCAUUGGUUCGCAUUCUCGGAGCUCAGAUAAAACCAUGGAAAUUAGUUGAAUUCUUCAUCCCACAUAUGCCGGAAUUGGUGGAAAAAAGUCUGAUCAUCCUCUGAAAAGCAUAGAGUGUCUCAGUGCGUCUCAUUUCUUCCCAUAAGAAUUUCAUUUACAUACUUCAUUCUGUAUGAAGAUUUCAGGGAGAAUGAUCAAGCUAUCAGCAAAAAAAAUAACUUGGGCAUGGAUUGGAAACGUUGGAGAUUGAGGGAAAUCUCUAUUUACUAUCUGUAAGUCCUCUACUGUCAAAGCUCCAUUCUGUAUUUGCUACCAUAUUUUCUUCGAUUAGACAAUAAUGAUGGUUUAUGUCUGUAUUUAUGGAUGGUUUGGUUUGUCUGAAAGCUAAUAAUUCUUGCUUCUA